CCAAGUCUCUCAAUCUGUAACAGAGGCGAAUGGGUGGAUGCAACAUUUCCCCUCACUCACUCCCUCACUCACUUGGGAGCCACGGCGCUACCAAGUCAACACACACAGCGACAAGCCGUGGGCACAGCGACAACCACUGUUUUGAAGACCAAAGCAGUGAUUGAGUUGCGACGUCUUGGGCCUGUUGGCGGACGUGAUUGGCGCCUAGCGGCAAAUCAGUGCGAGGAUUGGGUUCACGUGCCGGCGCCCAUUGUUGCCUUCCGGUCUGCUCCGGCGCGUGGGGGGUGAAAACGGACUUGUACAUAAUCGAAUCGACGACUUUUUAUUAAGGAAACGCCUACGCCCGUUAGCAACUUAUGCGCAAGACAGCAAAGCCUGGUUGAUCAACAAGCAUCUGCUAACUCUGGAGUCGCAGCAAUUUUUUUUUUUACUUUCACUCUCUUCUCCUCCUGCCUGCUCCUUUUCUUUCCUUCUUCUCCCCCAACUCCUCUCCUCAACCUCCAUCUCUCGCUCCUCACCUGCUCUCGCCGUCUGUAUCCGAAAGAAACACCACCACCAACUAGACGAACCGAACCGAAACAUUCGGCGGGAAAACGAAUCAGCGCACAGCUAUCCCGGCUUACCCACUUCAUCAAUACCGUCAUAUAUACCUACCUACAUAGGUAUCGCAGUCGGGAAACCGAACAACUGCACGUUGAUCCAGACUCUGCCUUCCUUGGGCCCAACGGCCUUCGGUCCAUCGCCCUAUCUUGUCUGCUUUGGUCUGGUCGACCUCUCCCCACCAUCCCUAGCGCGCGACCCCCCAUUCACAUCCCUCCCGUAUUUCUGUUACUCCACCAAAUUACCCUCGCCGCCCUGCGACUUCGCACAUCACCCCACCCGCACGCCGCACAUUGAAAUACUGGGCUGCGGCUGCUCGAGGUCUGCCAUCACCGUCAAUUUUUGCCCCCCAAAGCCGAUUUCAUGGCCCCUUACUCGGGUUCCUCACACACUUUCCAGAAGCUCAAGCUCGAUACCGGCGCUCAGAAGCCCACCACCACCUCCACCUUUGCCUCGAUCCCCCGUUCAGACCCUCCCCAGAGCCAACAUGCCUCUGCCCCUGCAUCUUCGCAACUAACGUCUGACCUGGCCGAUUGCUCUCUGCGUACUCGUAGCCAUGGCAUCCCCAUCAAACGGCCCGGCCACCAACCCAGCCAUCACCAUCACCACCAUGCGCCGUACGACAGUCGCUCGGUGGUCAUUGGCAGCAGCAGCGAGGACGAUGACCUCGAGAUCCAGUUCACCCAGCGCCCCAAAGCGAUAAGCUUCAGUAAAGAAGUAACGCUCGAUAGCGGCAAUCGCCUGUCGCUCGAGGACCCUCUUCCCAAGCCCGAAUUCAAGCCGCGCUCGCGGCCCGAGUCGGAUGGAGACGACUACUCCGAUCAGGACUACCUGGAAAUGCACCAGCGCAAUCGAGCGCAGCAUCACAUCCCCGAAUCCAGGUACCCCCUGCUUCAAUCGACUGUCGAUGACCUCAACGAGGCCAAAGAGUUGGAUGAUCGCGUUGCUUCCCUGACCUCGGCCACCACCGCCUCUCCCACCGAAGUUCGCACACCCUUGGAGGCUCCUGCCGAGUAUACCCUGUCGCCUUUGCCCUCCACUUCGUCUCCCAUCGAAUUUCCUAUAUUUCCUGGUAAACGGUUUGGAUCACAGCGAUCGCGAAGCUAUCGGGAAUUUGGCGAGAAUGACGGAAGUCGAAGGGCAAGCCGCCGGUCCUCUGCUGCUCGAUCUGGUCGCUCCUUGUCAUCCAUGUCUCCUGCUGCCUCGUUCCUAUCUCGUUACAAGACGUCCGAUGCGCCUCUGAAGCCUCCGGAGCCAGAUGAGGAAGGCCAAGGUGUUGGCUAUCAUGGUGAAUACAUCAUCGGCAAGCAGAUCGGUUACGGCGGUUUCAGUGUCGUCAAGGAAGUUACCAGUAUCGAGGACGGAAAGCGGGUUGUCAACGCGGUCAAGAUUGUUCGCAGGCAGUUGCAGUACAAGUCGGAGCUGGAGAACGAAGAAAUCCAGACGCACUUCGAUCACGAGGUAGAGAUCUGGCGGUUUCUCCGACACCCUUAUAUUCUCCCUCUUCUUUGCGUGUACACAACCGACUUCGCUACAUACUGUAUCACUCGGCUGAACGAGGGGGGGACUUUGUUUGAUGAGGUCCGGACCCUACGGAGAUCGCAGAAGACUGGACUUCCUCAAGCGUUGGCUAAGCGGUACACAUACCAGCUCGCUUCUGCUAUGCGAUACCUGCACAACGAUGUGCAAAUCGUUCACCGCGAUAUCAAAUUGGAAAACUGUCUCGUGGAUAAGAGUGGCCCGACCGCGGAAGAAGAGGGCGGGAACGUUCUCCUCUGCGACUUUGGCAUGGCAGACUUCAUUGUGAGCGACCAGCGCGACGGGCCCGAUCCGCACUCGAUUGGAGAGAACCAGAACAUUGGUCCCGGUGGAACCAGCACGUCGAUCGCCGGCAGCCUGGAAUAUGCGGCGCCGGAGCUCUUCACCGUCUCCGGUUCGGUGUUCUCACCGGCUGCAGACGUAUGGGCGUUUGGAGUGGUGGUGUAUGCUCUCUUGACAGCGAAGCUACCGUUCAGCGAAGGGCUGGAGUCGAAGACGUCGAUGAAGAUCAGGAGUGGUGAAUAUGACGUGGAAAUCAUUCGAAGCUCGGAGGCAGUGCAAGGCGGCGGGGUGGAAGACGCAAUUGCGUUGGUCCAAGGGUGCUUGGACAUGGACGUCGAAAAGCGGUGGACAAUCCAUGACAUCCUUGAAUGCCGUUGGCUGCAGGGGUGCAUGCAGCAGUAUGAGCAUGUGCCUCGUGAGUGGCUGGCAGAGUCUUGA